AAGAACCCAUUUCAUAAUUAUUCUCAACAUAUACCUCUCCCACAUAUUUGGAGAGAAAAAAAAAUACUAGAGAAUAUAUAUAUUAUCAUCAUGUGGAACAAAAUAUGCAAAGGCAUAGGGAUCAAAUCCAAUAAAUGUUCUUCCCAAAACAAAAACCAAAUUGCAAGCGAGUACUACUCAUCAUCAUCUAGAAUAUGUGAGGCUUGUGUUGAAGAAAGCCAAAUAGUGUGCAAAUGCAACCACCAAAAUGAAAAUGAAAUUCAUCAUCAUCAUCAUCAUGAUAAUAAUGAUAAUGGUACUAUUAACAACGGCAGUCAUCACCAUGCCAACAGCUCUUUUGCUCAUGCCGUCAUCAACAUGACUGGAAUGCUCAUCGGGUUAGGGCAGUUAUCAGUACCAUAUGCCCUAGAGAAUGGAGGAUGGUGUUCAGUGUUCCUACUCCUAUUACUUGGAAUAAUAUGCGCAUAUUCUUGUCUUCUACUUGGAAAAUGUCUUGAGAAGAGUCCCAAAUCCAGAAGCUACAGCGAUAUAGGAGAAGAAGCUUUUGGAGGCAAAGGAAAAGCCAUAGUGGGAGUAUUUAUAUACUUGGAGAUUUUCAUGACUCUUGUGUCUUAUACCAUAUCCUUGCAUGACAAUAUUAUCACAGUCUUUAAAGGGGUGAUCAUCGAUCACAACAGGGUUCAACUUAAGUUUCCAAUAUGGGCCAAGUUAUCAACAUCACAUCUCUUAACUACCAUAGCAGUUUUGGUAGCCUUACCAAGUCUUUGGCUGAAAAAUCUGUCCUCAAUAUCUUUCCUUUCCUUUGGUGGAAUUCUCAUGUCAGCUGUCAUUUUCUCUUCUGUGGCUUCCACAGCCAUCUUUGGAGGUGUUAGACCUGACCAUAAGAUACCAGUUCUUCAAAUUUAUAACAUUCCUGCCAUUUCUGGCCUUUAUAUUUUCAGCUAUGCAGGACAUAUUGUUUUUCCUAAUCUAUAUGUAGCCAUGAAAGAUCCAUCCAAGUUUACCAAGGUGACCGUAGUUAGCUUCAGCCUAGUGACAACACUGUACACAGUGGUAGCCUUUUUGGGAGCAAAACUGUUUGGCCCACAAAUAAACCCACAAAUCACACUCAGCAUGCCACCCCAUUUCAUUGGAACAAAGAUAGCUCUUUGGGCAACAGUCCUCACACCAAUUACCAAAUACGCACUCGAAUUCGCACCCUUCGCCAUCCAACUCGAGCAUGCCUUGCCUUCCUCCAUGACCACUAGGGCAAAGCUCAUCACAAGGGGUUUCUUGGGUUCUUUCUUUCUCUUGCUCAUACUAACCCUAGCUCUCUCCCUCCCAUACUUCCAACAUGUACUCGCCCUCACUGGAUCUCUUCUCAGCACUGCCAUUUGUUUCAUUUUACCUUGUGCCUUCUACAUCAAGAUAUAUUGGGCUCACAUUUCUAAACCUGUUCUUGCUUUGAACCUUUUUUUGAUUGGUUUUGGAAUUUCUCUUGGGCUGCUUGGAACAGCUUCAUCUACCAAGAUGUUGAUUCAAACCAUGAAGAGAGCUCAUCAUUUGACUUAGGCAACCUCGAAUAGGCAGCUUACUAGCUGAUGUAUAAGAAUGUAUCGAUUUAGUAAUUAGCAUAAAUAAUUAAGCUGUUUUGCUAUAAUAUUACAGCUUGAGCUUGUACUCCAUCGAUUGAUUAAUCGAUGAUAUGAUCAUUACGUACUUCUCUCGAAGCUUAAUUAUAUGCAAGUAUUUCACUU